UACACUUGUUCUCUUCCUCUUCUUCUUUCUCAUUCCCUAAUUCGCAUCAAACAUUGUCCUCAAAAUCAUCAUAUGUUUCUACAGUUUCUGUGCUGUGGUGUCCUUGGCCAAAGGCGUUGAUCUCGUUUGUGUGCUUGCGGGAAUGCCAUUCUAAAUCGGACAAUGACUAGCCGAAACACAGACUCUUCUCAGGGAGAGGGUGGUAAUCCCCAACAUCCGGCUGGACCUCCAGAACGCGGGCAUUCUCGUGGUGGCAAUAAGAUUUUCAAGAGUGGGCCACUUUUUUUAUCAUCCAAAGGAAUUGGAUGGACUUCUUGGAAGAAAAGGUGGUUUAUUUUAACGCGAACAUCAUUGGUCUUUUUCAGAAGUGAUCCAAGUGCUGUUCCUCAAAAGGGGAGUGAGGUGAAUCUGACCCUUGGUGGUAUUGACCUCAACAAUUCAGGCAGUGUGGUUGUAAAAGCAGAGAAAAAGCUUCUGACUGUGCUCUUUCCUGAUGGUCGCGAUGGGAGAGCUUUCACACUCAAGGCUGAAACUUUGGAGGAUUUAUAUGAGUGGAAGGCUGCACUUGAGGAGGCUUUGGCACAUUCACCAAGUGCCACUCUUGUGAUGGGACAAAAUGGCAUAUUCAGGAAUGAUCAGGCUGAUGCAGUUGAUGGUUCUGUAGAACAGUCGAAGGAGAAACAGCUGGUUAAAUCCUUGGUCAUUGGUCGACCAGUUUUACUUGCUUUAGAAGAUAUAGAUGGAACCCCAUCUUUCUUGGAGAAAGCCCUUAGGUUUGUGGAAGAGCAUGGAGUCAAAGUAGAGGGGAUUUUGCGGCAAGCUGCAGAUGUUGAUGAUGUUGAACGUCGAAUUCGAGAAUAUGAGCAGGGAAAAAAUGACUUUUCUCCAGGGGAGGAUGCACAUGUAAUUGCUGAUUGCGUCAAGUAUUUUAUUCGGGAGUUACCAUCAUCUCCAGUCCCUGCAUCUUGCUGCAAUGCGCUACUAGAAGCAUGUCGAACUGAUCGUGGCAGGAGACUCUCAGCUAUGCGUGAGGCUAUAUGUGAAACAUUUCCAGAGCCAAACCGUCGCUUAUUGCAGAGAAUUCUUAUGAUGAUGCAAACUGUGGCUUCUCACAAGGCUGUGAAUCGAAUGAGCUCCUCAGCUGUAGCAGCUUGUAUGGCACCCUUACUUCUUCGUCCCCUUCUGUCUGGUGACUGUGAACUUGAACAUGACUUUGAUGUGGGUGGUGAUGGUUCUAUUCAACUUCUGCAAGCAGCUGCUGCAGCUAACCAUGCUCAGGCCAUUGUAAUAACUCUACUAGAGGAGUACAAUAACAUAUUUGGGGAAGGUGCCAUGUCAACUGAACUAUACUCCGACUCAGAAGAGAGUGGAAGUGAGAGUGAGGAGUUAACUGAUGAUGAUGAGACCAUUGAGGACGAUGAAUAUGAUGAAGAUGGAACAGAUGCUUCUGAUGUAGACAUUGAUGAAGAUUUUGAACAUGCAUCAAAUGAAACUCACAGUGAGACUGGCGAUACUGGAGAUGAUGAAAUUUAUGAUGAUAAGGGUUCUAAUGGUCCUAGAUUGAUUUCCAAGUCCAAUGAAUCAGAUGAUGAUUGUAAAGCCAAUCAGAAAUCAUCAUCAAGCUCUCCUCAAAGUUCUUCUACCCAACAUGUUAAUGUACAUAUAACUGAGAAUUUUCCGAAUCGAAACAACAAUAGUUCAGCAAUGCAGGCUAAUGUGUCUAGUGAAGUAUUAGGAGAUAAUCAUGCAGAGACAAGUUUGGUGCAUAAGUUAACGGACAAGAGUCCAUACAAGAGUCCAUCUUCACACAUUCAGAACUCGACAUCCAUAUCAGACGGACCAGAGUCUGGUGGACGGCGUCCUACUGUUUGGGGACGUACCCCUGGAAAGAAGCUUGCCAUGGAAUCUGUUGAUCUCCCCUUUGAAGACGAGGCUGAGAUUGAAAGGCUUGAGGUCACCAAAAUUGACCUGCUAGACAGAAUUGCAGAAGAGGCUUCAGGGAAUGAGAAUCUACAAGCAAGUUUGGAGAGACGAAAGAAUGCUUCGCAUGAGCGUCGUCUAGCUCUUGAACAAGAAGUGACAAGACUACAGGAACAGUUGCAGAAAGAGAGAGAGUUGAGGACAGUACUGGAAGCUGGACUUAAAAUGCCUCAAGGGCCCUUACCUCUCUCAGCCACUAUUGAUGAAAAGACAAAGGCAGACCUUGAGGAAAUUGCUCGAGUGGAGGCAGAUGUCAUCAAUUUGAAGCAGAAGGCUGAUGAUCUUGGAGUGCAGCUUAAUCAACAACGUGAGCAAAACUGUGGUCUCGCACAUGGUUCGUGCAAUCAACCCCUACAGACUCCUAAUCAUCAAGCAAAACUGAAGGAGAAAAGGAAGGACUUUGAAACUACAGCUACUUCACAUAUUCCCGAGAGAUCAACAAGAAAUAAGGAUGCCCAAUUGGAUAAGGUAGAAAGUGACAGAGAUAUGAAACAGGACCUUCCAUUCUUGGCAAAUAAACACUUGCCUCAGAACCAGCGGCUGGAUCCAGUAUGCUGCUACAAAUCUGUUGGGGAUACAACUGCUUCAUCUUGUGCGGAACCAGUAAUAAGCAAGCUGGCUCCAACCAAUUCGAAGAAGUCUGGUACAUGGGGUGAGGGUGCUAACUCUACAUCUUCUGCAUUAUCAAAGCUAACAAACCGACUCAACUUCUUGAAAGAACGACGAAACCAGAUUGCUAAUGAGCUCCAAAAUAUGGACAAAGGACGGAGUUCUAAGCCUUCUGCGCAAAGCAAUGAAAGAGGUAGAGGAUCAGAAUCACGCCAGUCAGUCCAAAAUCUAGACAAUUAUCAGGAAGUAGAUGGACAAUCAGGUUAUAACUCGGAAAAAGGCCUAGGAUUGGACAGUGGCCAAUCUCUCCAGAAAGAGGGCCAUCAUGUUGAAAAUAUGGAAAAACAUAGGAAAUCAGAUAAAGGAAGAUCGGAAGGUCAAUCAACUCCGAACCUGGAAAGAGGAAAAUCAGAAAGCUUUCCUAAUGCAGACAAAGGGCGAAGGACAGAGGGUCAUCCUGUUGCUACUCCAAGGACAUAUUCCAGAUGAUGCGGGUCUCAUUUGCUCUUUCAGCAUUGGUUUCUGCAUUAUCAAUACAGUUUAUCUCACUAACAAUUUUCUCAACAAAGGAUCAUAGAGUUUCAAGAAGAUGACUCGUGAGCUUUUGGAAUGAGGUAUUUGCUUGGGUCCCUCAAAAAGUAAUCCAAAGUUAAUGGAAAAUGAAAAGUGUGAUGUAGAUUUGAACUUUGCGUGAUGGGAGUCAUACACAGAUUGAAUUUAGUCCACACAUUUCAUUUUGUAGUAACUUUUUGAUUAACUUUUUCGGGCUCCGUAGCAUUGUUGUUUGUAGAAACCCGACAGAAUUGACUUUGAUGCCCCAUGUCUGAGGGAGUUUGCUGCUGCUGAAGUUCAGACACGCCCCUAGAGACCACGGUGUACAGAUCAUUUCUCUCCUCAAUGUAAGUUGAAUUUUUUCAGAUUCAGAUCCUGAUUUUUGGGCUUUUUUCAACCUGUUGAUCAGAGACCUAGUAGUGCUGUUUUUGUAAUUAUUAGUGUUGUAUGGUUAAAUGCAACAUUUAUUUCUUUAUUUAUUGAGUUCCUUGAUGGACCGGGUUGUAUUGUAAUCGCAGUGUUGCAGGUCUCCAUUGGAGCUUGAGAAAGUAUAUAUGAAUUUGGGGACGUUUUAAUCA